AUGCUAGGGAUAAGAUCGUCCUUGACAUUAAUACCGAAAUUACCAGCAAGGCAAAUUGGUCUGGUAAAUGUCCCUUUGAAAUCGUUGACUUUAAAAAACUGCAUUCAUACAAAAAAUAUAGAUGUCAGAAUACGACCUAUCAUAAAUAAUUUGCUCUUAAAGAGAACUUUUAUGAGCACAAAUGUGAAACACCCCAGAUGGGAUAAUCGAAUCUUUUAUGCAGAUAGCUCGGAUAGGUAUACUCGUUUGAAUAGAUUCCAACAAUUUAACAAUAAUGGCAAUAAAGAAGAAGAUAAUUCGGUGAGAAAUGUCACCGUAGUUGGACUUGCCUCAAUGGUCGGUAUCUAUUUUGGUUCACAAUAUUUAUUUGACUACGUUCCUAUCUUUUCGUAUUUUAAAACUCAUCCAAAAAGUUUUGUAUACGCUUUAUUAGGUACCAACUUGGCUAUCUAUGGUUUAUGGCAAUUACCUAGAUGUUGGAGUUUUAUGCAACGUUAUAUGUUACUUCAAAAAUCCAGAAUUCCGAGUUAUUGGUCCAUCGUUGGAAGUGCUUUCUCUCACCAAGAAUUUUGGCAUUUGGGUAUGAAUAUGUUAGCUUUGUGGUCAUUUGGUACAUCUAUCGCCACUAUGCUUGGAACAUCUAACUUUUUUUCGUUAUACAUGAAUAGUGCCAUUGCUGGGUCCCUAUUUUCUCUAUGGUAUCCACGAAUUGCAAGAAUGGCAAUGAUGGGGCCUAGUCUUGGGGCCAGUGGUGCCUUGUUUGGUGUAUUAGGUUGUUUCUCUUAUUUGGUUCCUCAUGCGCAGAUUCUUUUGUUUGUAUUCCCGAUCCCUGGUGGUGCAUGGAUUGCAUUCCUGGGCUCUGUCGCAUGGAAUGCAGCUGGCUGUGUUUUGAGAUGGGGUUCCUUUGAUUAUGCAGCUCAUCUUGGAGGCUCUGCAAUUGGUGUAUUGUAUGGAUGGUAUAUUAGUAAGCAGGUAGAAAAGAGAAGACAAGAAAGGUUUGAAAGAGAAACAAGAUGGUUAAGGUAG